UGUCAGGCUAGCAGCCGAGACGCUAUCUUCCCACAACAACCCCUGCCAAACUCACCUUUUAAACUUUUCUUUCCCUCGUUAUUGCGUCUUUUUGUUUCUACACGGUCCGUAAGGAUACAAGGCGUGUUUUUCUUCCCGUUUUUGUGCAGGAAUAAAAUGGUGGUUUUGACAAAUAAUGAAGAACAGGAUUAUAUCCUGAUAGAGGAGCGUCAAUGCAGCUCCCUGCCCAACUCUCCAGCCAAGCGAGUGUCUCCCACCAAAAAGAAGCAGUUCUAUAUAAACCAAGCCAUCCGCAACUCUGACCUCACUCCUCGAGCCAAAGGCAAGAAGAGCCUUCGCCGACUAGAGAACACACGCUAUCUUGCUAAUCUUCUUGAGAAGGAUGAGUGCACCAAAGAUGAUCUGGAGGUUUGCAGUAACCCAGCGAUCCCAUCCAUCUUCACUGAAGCCUGCACCAACGCAAACUACAUAGAGCCAUGGAAUGACUUCAUGAAUUGCUCGGGCGAGGAGCAGGAGAAGCUGCUGUCUCUGCUGGAGCUGGAGGGGGCCAAGAAGAAAAGCACCAGCGGCCCGCUCAAAGACGAGAGGAAUGUAAAUCCUGCCUUCAGCGCUCAGGACUGCUUCCAGAGGAUCGAUCGCAGACUGCGAGCGACUCUCAAACGGAAACAAAUCCCCAUGGGAACUCUGGAAAUACUUGAGGAAAACGUCCUGAGCUUCUUCAUCGCUCAGCCCAACUCUGUUUACACAACCAACCUAGCCAGCAGCUUUGAGAGACUGCUGCUUCACGCCGUCUGCCAGUACAUGGACCUCGUCUCUGCAAGCAGCGACUACAACGGGUCCCGUCAGACUGAAGUGGUGAACAAGCAGGAAGAGUUCCUGCCUCCUGGGCUCCUGCUGUCGGCACACUUGGAGCAGAUGAGCUGAGCCAUGUUUCCUCCUCAGAGCUCUGCGGCAGCCAGGCGCUCCGACAGGUGGAGAUAAAUCUGUUUGUCUGGAUAACGUCCGCCUGGUUCCUUCCUUCCUUUUUCCUCUGUCUGGUCUCUGGUUUCUGUAUCCAUAAAUACGUGAGAGUUUAUCAACGCCUGAAUGCAGACGGGUAUACAUCCUAAACAUUAGCAUGUUAGCAUGCUAACUGUUGGCAUGUGUUGAGUGAGUAUGCCGCAGAUAUAAUUCAGCUCAAAGCCUAGCUAAGCCUGAGUACAUGAGGGUGACAUAGUUACAAUUUCCUUGCCUUGAGAAUAACCCUUUUGAUUUUAUCCUCAGGCAAAAUGCUUUAAUUUCUGCCAAACAGAAAAUGGUCUGUGUUGAAAAAGCAGUUUUUAAUUCAACCAAAAAUGUUGUUGUCUGGUGUGAAAAGAAAGCAUCAUGGAGCUGUGUGGCUCGAUUGAACUACUGUUUUCAUUCUUGGGAUCAAAUGUUUUCCAAGUCAAUUAAUUAACAUAAUAAUGUUAUAUUGAUUGUUAAUUCUUCAUUUUAAGAAUAUUCUAACCUCACAACCUGAUUGUUGAUCUGGAAUUCACAACUAGGUAUACAUAUUACAAACAAAUCACACUUGUUUCAAUUUCCAAAGAACAAAUGGCAACAGUUCAUAAUCCUUGAGAUUAGCAUUCAAAUUCAUUUAUAAGUUGUAUAUUAGAGCAACGGUUAGUCAAGAGUUGAUCUAUCUGUCCCUUUUCACAGUGCAAAUGAUAGAAUUUAGAAACUACUGUUAAGUAAGAAAUCUUUCUUUCCAAGCACAAAUUCAGAACAGUACAUAAUGACAAUAUGAACCUAAAAAGUAAUGGAAUAAUUACUUAAAUAACAGACUUGUAUAAAAUGUAUCUGUGCAGCUCUGCAGGCUGCAAGGAGUCAUAGAGACAUUUUGCAAAGGUGCUAAGACUGAGGUAUGCAUAAGGAAAUAUAUCACUGCCUGUAGGGUCAUCCUGUAGGAUUAGUAUAAGUGGUGAGGUGUGAGGCAUGAACAUGUAUAAUCUCUACAUUAUAUGCACAGACACCUCACUCUUCAUCUGAGGUACAGAAGUCAAUUGUUUGCUGGGAAAGUCAUUCUUAAGAUUCUUCUUCUUUUAAGGUACAAUUUCUUGGAUAUUUCUUUCAUUUUGUCUUUCUCUGCUGGCUUUGUCAAGUGUUAUCACCUCGACUACUCGGCAUUAGGAACAUUUGUUCCCCGGUACAGACUAAAGUACAUGAUUGUGUAUAUAUAGUAUGGCAGCACUGUGGCUGAGCAGGUUGCUCACGAGGUGUGAGUGUGAUAUCAGUCAAUAAUCAAAGACAAGUAAAGGAACUGUACUAUAGUCAUAAACUGCUUAUGUCUGUACAUUUCGAUGUAUUUAAGGCUUUCUUGCUACAUGCUCACUAGGUUUACACACAAGCAUAACAUUACAAGCAUAUUUUUUUUACAUAAACAUGUAAUAUUGUUACUAUGGUUUUAAGUAGAAUGUAGAAUGUCCAAUAGAUGUGUUACACUGGUAGAAAUAAAACCAUGUUACUUUGUUUUGAUGAUAAAAGCCUGCAGAGUUUUGACUCUGUAUGAACAUUAACUCUUACAACAGCACUUCUGCCUUAUGAAUACAAGUUUCUAUGUUUUUUUCUACAUUUGUACUUGACUGGAUUUUGGAAACAAUGUGUAAAAAAACUUGACAUGGUGCAUUUUGUUGUCAACCAAAGUUUGUGUGUUUGUUUGCGUUGAAAUGACAUUUCUCAGGCUCUAAACUUCUCUCUCUGAAUGUCACGUAGUUCAUCUCACAUGGUGUCAUCUUCUGUGUACUGUAGACUUCCAGUUCAACAUGAACUUGUUUUGGUCAUGUUCACCCCAACACGGCGGGGCGCUGCCAACUUUUUAAAUAUAAUAGAAGUAGUUGUGCCUGUAAAAUAUGAACUCAGAUGAUUUACUUGUGCCAACAUGUGGAGAAGCCUAAAAUAUUCUGACAGCUUUAUAUACUAGUCAAAAACAUCUUUGUGUAUUUAAUGAUAUGUGUGUGCUACAGCAAUUAUUUAUAAUUAUCACUGCAUCUAUUAAAAGGAUUUCAAAUAUUUCUCCUUA